CCAAGCAAACAAAAACGAAGCCAUGCUUAUAAAACAAAUGAAGAAAAAGUUGCAAAUUGGAGGAGAAGGAUAUGCAGGGCGUUCGAUGUCCCGCAAUCGAUUUUGUUCGUGUAAUUUGAAGUGGGUUUCGAUUUCUGAGACGGGUUUCUUAGUUGGGUUUGAAUUUUUUGUGUUUUUGAGAAUGGGGGUUGUCACUGUUGCGGAGUUGAAGACGAGUAUGUCUGGGAAGAGAUCGUUGCGGUCGAGUUCGAGCAUAAGGCAUGCGACUGAGUGGCCGAUUUCUGAUGUCGCCAGUGAUCUCGUGAUCGAAGUUGGAAGCUCAAGCUUUGCACUUCAUAAGUUUCCUUUAGUUUCGCGGAGCGGAAAGAUUCGAAAAUUACUGUUGGAAGCGAAAGAUUCAAAAACUUCCAGGGUUAACCUCUCUACUAUUCCUGGAGGGCCUGAGGCAUUUGAGCUAACUGCAAAGUUCUGUUACGGUAUAAAUGUUGAGAUUACAUUAUCAAAUGUUGCCAUGCUGCGUUGUGCUUCUCAUUACUUGGAGAUGACUGAAGAGUUUGCAGACAGAAACUUGGAAACCAGAACUGAAACAUACCUAAAGGAGACGGUAUUUUCGAACAUAUCGAACUCGAUAUCUGUUCUUCACCGUUGCGAAAGUUUAUUACCUUUGUCAGAAGAGAUCAAUCUGGUAAGCAGACUUAUCAAUGCCAUUGCUAGCAAUGCUUGCAAAGAGCAGCUGACUUCUGGCUUACUUAAGUUAGAUCAUAACUAUCCCUCUAAAACUGCUCUUAACAUUGAACCCGAAACGCCAUCGGAUUGGUGGGGGAAGUCACUAAGCCUGCUCAAUCUCGAUAUCUUCCAACGGGUUUUAUCGGCCGUGAAGUCAAAGGGUUUAAAACAGGAUAUGAUCAGCAAGAUUUUGAUAAACUAUGCUCAUAACUCUCUUCAAGGCCUUGUUAUCAGGGACCAUCAUUUGGUGAAGGGAAGUUCCUUAAAUUUGGAACUGCAAAAGAAACAGCGGGUGAUUGUGGAGCCAAUUGUUAGCUUGUUACCGACGCAGUCUCGGAAGAGCCCGGUUCCCAUGGUCUUUCUCUCGAGCUUGUUGAAAACAGCAAUUACUGCUUCGGCUUCGACUUCUUGCAGGUCGGACUUGGAGCGACGGAUGGGCUUGCAAUUGGACCAAGCUAUUCUUGAGGACAUUUUAAUUCCUUCAAUCACUCGUGGGAGCAGCCAUAGCAGCAUGUAUGAUACAGAUUCAGUAGUGAGGAUUUUCUCCAUCUUUCUAAACUUGGAUGAGGACGACGACGACGACGAUUGUCACUUGAGAGAUGAAAGUGAAACGAUGUGUGAUUUCGACAAUCCUGGUUCGCCUAAACAAAGCGCAAUUCUCAAGGUUUCUAAACUAUUGGAUAAUUAUUUAGCAGAAGUUGCACUUGACUCGAACCUGAUGCCAUCGAAGUUCAUAGCAUUAGCAGAACUACUGCCUGAUCAUGCUCGGGCGGUAAGCGAUGUCUUGUACAGAGCUGUAGAUAUCUACCUCAAAGUGCAUCCGAACAUCAAAGACUCCGAGCGUUACCGCCUUUGCAAAACCAUCGACUGUCAGAAGCUAUCUCAAGAAGCAUGUAGCCAUGCUGCACAAAAUGAAAGGCUACCUGUGCAGAUGGCAGUACAAGUGCUCUACUUUGAGCAGAUCAGGUUGAGGAAUGCAAUGAAUGGCAGCCACAAUCAGUUCUUUUUCGGGUCAUCCAAUGGCAGCCAAUUUCCUCUACGAUCGAGCAGUGGCGCUGGAAGUGGAGCCAUAUCUCCACGAGACAAUUACGCAUCGGUUAGAAGAGAGAACCGUGAGCUGAAACUCGAAGUUGCUCGAAUGAGAAUGAGGCUGACUGACCUGGAGAAGGAUCAUGUUUCUAUGAAGCAGGAGCUUGUAAAGUCUCAUCCUGCAAACAAGCUAUUCAAAUCAUUCACCAAGAAGUUGUGUAAGCUCAAUGUUCUUUUCAGGAUGAACAGCAUCAAACCAUUCGGGACGAAGAACAGUUCCGAAAACCGGUUCCCGUUUCAAAAGAGAAGGCGACAUUCGAUUUCAUGACGAUGAAUCUAAUGAACUUUGAUCAGUGAAAGUGAGUGUGUAUAGUAUAAUCCAGUGAGGUUGAUAGUUACCGAGUGUUGAUUCUGGCUGUUGCUAUUGUUCAUCCCAAUUCCUUUGAUGCUUUUUUUUU